AUGGCUGAGAACGCAUCUGCUCCCGCUUCAGCUUCGUCCGCCACGCCAGAUUGGGCAACGAACCUGACACAACUUGUCAAAGAGCAGCAUGCUCUAGCAGAGAAGUCUGUCUCCGAAAUGGAGGCAUGCAAGAAGCAACUGGAAACUGCCACUGCGGAGUUGCAUCGCCUCAAAGCAAAGCAAACAACUUACUCCUUUCGUAAGGAGAGCUGCAAGGAGCAUCACGACUUUGUGGACCAGGUGGAAGCGAAGCUGGAGGACGCGGCCCGGACCAUCCCGGAUGGACCUGCCAAAACCGCCAUCAUGGAAGCUAUCGUCAGUUUACUAUCUGCAAAAUGCAUAGAGAAAACCACUGCUGACAAGAUCAGCAUUUGUAGCCCUCUAGGUGUAGUUGAGCAGAAAAAGCUGAGGCUGAUCCUAGACCUGCGAUAUCUCAACAAGCACCUCCUGGCACCUAGGUUUAAAUACGAGGAUAUCAGCACCCUUCGUACCAUGUUUGAAACGGGGGACUAUCUUUUCUCAUUCGACCUGAAGUCCGCUUACCACCAUAUCGACAUUGAUCCCAGGUAUCACAAAUAUUUGGGAUUCAAAUGGCGAGGAGAGCUCUACACAUUUACAGUGUUACCUUUCGGACUCUGCACCGCACCACAUGUAUUUACGAAAAUCACCAGAGAUCUGGUGCACUGGUGGAGACGCAAUGGUCACAAAUUGUUCAUGUAUCUAGACGACGGUGCGGGGGCAGAAUCGUCACAGACUGCUGCUAGUAAGCUUGCUGAUAUUGUUCGGGCAGACAUCCUGAAAUCAGGUUUUAUUCUCAGUGAGAAAAGCCGAUUCACACCAUCACAACAGGGAGACAUGCUGGGCUUCCAUGUUGACCUGGCCCAGGGCACCAUCAAGGUGACCGAAGCGCGUGUCGAGAAACUCUCGCACCUCCUCACCACAACAAACCUUGAUCAUGCCACAGCCAGAGAAGUAGCCAAGAUCGCUGGUUCCAUCAUCUCAAUGAGCCCAGCUUUCGGUACGGUAACACAGCUACAAACUAGAGCAAUGUAUGAGGCUAUCUCCACAGCCGCCUCGUGGGAGGAGAUUGUACAUGCGACUCCCCAGCUCCGCAAUGAAAUCACGUUUUGGUCGGAAAGCUUCCAUAAAUUCCACGGCCGCCCGCUGAGGCCCCUCGUAGCAGCGUCUGCAGUUCUCACUUGGUCAGAUGCCAGCGAAACUGGGUGGGGCGGAUACUCCGUUUCAAAGCUCGGCACCUGCGUUGCCAGAGGACCGCUUCCACCAGAGGUACGUGAAACAAGCAGCACUCUCCGUGAGCUCAUUGCCGUUAGAUACGUGAUACUAUCUCUAUUACCAGUCUUGUCAGGAUGCGAAGUGAUCCACCGAUCAGAUAAUCAGGCGGCAGUCGCGAUAAUCGCAUCUGGCAGCAAACACCCCCAUCUUCACGACGAAGCCCUGGCACUCUUCCGCAUCUGCAUUCGACAAGGUAUCACGUUCCGGGCAGAGUGGAUACCUCGGGAAGAGAAUGAGAGAGCUGACUUCUUCUCAAAGGUGAAGGACCAGGACGAUUGGCAGCUUACGCCAGAUGUCUUCCUAAUGCUUGACCGGAAAUGGGGCCCACAUACAAUCGACCGCUUCGCUACUCCGCAGAAUGCUCAGAUGCAGCGCUUCUGCAGUAGAUGGUGGUCCCCAGGCUGCACGUCUGUGGACGCAUUCUCCGUGAGCUGGAACGACGAGAACAAUUGGAUCGAGCCUCCAAUCCACCUCAUCGGCCGCACGAUUCGCCACAUGCAAGCUUGCCACGCAGACGGCACUCUGAUCCUCCCUUUCUGGCCUUCGGCCACAUGGUGGCCACUGCUAUGGUCUCCAGCGGGCUUCCGAGAUAUGGUGGUUGAUCAUGGUCAUCCCGCCUCGGGAGAACCUUUUCAUCUCGGGUGA